AUGGAGUCAGUUACACCGGAGGAGCGUGAAGCGCUUCUCCAGGGCCCAGCUGCCACUCCCCCACCAGGAAUGCAGUCGAACUUGACGAACCCUCCUAACCAAAAGGCUGCGUCGUAUUUUAUUAUCAUAUUCUUUGGCCUCUUGGCGACGUUUGCGCUGGUAGUCCGGAUUUACACGAGAGCUUUGAUCUUACGUCGGGUCAAAGUGGCGGAUUAUUCCCUCAUUCUUGGAUGGGUAGGACUGCCUCUGUUUGAAUCCAACGUCAGUCUAACUAAUUGGGACCAGCUUAUGUUUGUCGCUUACCUGGUCAGUGGGUGGCUAGCUGCCGAUGCCUCUCCAAUGGUCGAUCAAUGGAAUCUGCGUCUCAAGGAUUUUAUCGACCUACUUUUUAGGCAGCGCUUUUACGUGGGCUCCGCGUUCUACGGCAUGUGCAUGUUUUUCACCAAAAUUGCCAUCCUACUCAACAUCCUCGAGAUAUUCUGGUCCGACGAAACGCUCUCCCGAACAUGUCACAUCUUAAUGUGGGCCAACGGCAUUUUCUACAUUGUUUUCACGUUCAUUCAGAUAUUUUCAUGCCGCCCGAUCAGCAGAAGCUGGGAUGUAUUCAUCGCGAACGGGACCUGUCUCAACACGCGCCUUAUCACCCUCGUUGCGGGCGCGAUUAAUGCCGCCUCGGACCUGCUCAUUCUAAUCCUGCCUCAGCGACGUAUCUGGGGGUUACAUUCGCCGCUGCGUAAGAAACUGGCAGUUUCCGGACUAUUCUCACUCGGUCUAUUGUAUGUACAGUACUUCCUUCCCCCUUUCUCUCCCUCUACACUCAAGCUUCAGACCGACCCUGCGGGCUCUCUCGUUAACGUUAACAAUUCCCACAGCGCCUGCAUCGCGUCGAUCGUCCGACUCGCCUAUUCGAUCAUCACCAGCCAGACCUCAAAUCGAGCGUACUACGGCUACCUAGCAGGCACGUGGGCCGUCCCCGAGAUGUCGUUCGGAAUCAUGGUCGCGGGGUUUCCAGUGCUGCCGAAAUUCAUCAGCCAUAUACAGGAAAAAAGCCCGAUCGCCAAAUGGCGAAAUUCAGCCCGGAACGCACGGCUGGGGUCGUCGUUUACCGGUCGACGCUCGACCAGCGCUCGCGAAGGGCCCUCUGAUCCGGCGUCCUCGGCGCGCGGCCGCUCCAAGGGGGGACCUAAAGAUCCGGAUCAACAUUUAUUAAUCACGUCGCCGAGUGUUGCGAGCAUCGGUAGGAGUUCGGAUGGGAUGUGUUAG